UCCCAUUCUCCACACAACACACCUCACCUCCUUUAGCAUCUUCAUGGAUUUCUCUGCUUUCUUCUUCUUUCUAUUCAUUUUCCUUUCCAUUUUCUUCCUUCUAAUCACUUUUUUCUUCCCUUCCAAUCACCCCUCUAAACUGCCUCUUCCUCCUGGCUCACUGGGCUGGCCUUACAUUGGCGAGACCUUCCAGCUCUACUCUCAGAACCCAAAUCACUUCUUUGCCUCUAAAAUCAAGAAAUUUGGCUCUGUCUUCAAAACCCACAUCCUAGGCUGCCCCUGUGUUAUGAUCUCAAGCCCUGAGGCUGCUAAAUUUGUACUCGUAAGUAAAGCUCAUCUCUUCAAGCCAACAUUUCCCGCCAGCAAAGAAAGAAUGUUGGGAAAACAAGCUAUAUUUUUUCACCAGGGAGACUACCAUAAUAAACUCAGAAAACUUGUUCUUCGUGCCUUUGUUCCUGAAGCUAUCAAGAAUGUUAUCUCCAGUAUCGAAUCCAUUGCUAAACAGUCUAUUCAGUCCUGGGAAGGAAAAGAAAUUACUGCUUUCCAAGAAAUGAAAACAUAUGCAUUCAAUGUUGCACUGCUCUCUAUUUUUGGAAAUGAUGAACUACCGUACAGAGAAGAUCUCAAAAGAUGCUACUACAUUCUUGAGAAAGGGUACAAUUCCAUGCCCAUUAAUCUACCAGGGACGCUCUUUCACAAAGCAAUGAAAGCAAGAAAAGAGCUUGCACAGAUCUUAGCCAAAAUUCUGUUGACCAGAAGACAAAUGAAGCUCGAUAGAAAUGACUUGCUUGGAUCUUUCAUGGAAGACAAGGCAGGCUUGACGGAUGACCAGAUUGCAGAUAACAUUAUUGGGGUCAUUUUCGCAGCUCGCGAUACCACAGCUAGUAUUCUCACAUGGAUUCUCAAGUAUCUUGGAGAAAACCCAAGUGUUCUUCAAGCUGUAACUGAAGAGCAAGAAGCAAUAGUAAGAGGUAAAGAGGAGAGUGGAGAGGAGAAUGUUCUGAGUUGGGCUGAUACUAAGAAGAUGCCAAUAACUUCAAGAGUGAUUCAAGAAACACUGAGAGUUGCUUCGAUUUUGUCUUUUACUUUUAGAGAAGCUGUUGAGGAUGUUGAGUAUGAAGGGUAUCUGAUCCCAAAAGGGUGGAAAGUGUUGCCACUUUUCAGGAACAUUCACCAUAGCCCGGAGAUCUUUCCAAAUCCUGACAAGUUUGAUCCUUCAAGAUUUGAGGUUCCACCAAAGCCUAAUACAUUUAUGCCAUUUGGCAAUGGGACCCAUGCAUGUCCAGGGAAUGAGCUAGCCAAGGUCGAGAUUCUUGUCCUUCUCCACCAUCUCACUACCAAGUACAGAUGGACUAUGGUGGGAACAAAUAAUGGAAUUCAGUAUGGUCCUUUUCCCCUGCCCCAAAAUGGACUGCCAAUCAAGUUGUCCCACAAGUCAUAACUACUAAAUCAGACCAAAGAGUAAGGCAUCUUUCUAUAAGCAGAAAGCAUACCUUCAAGCUUGGCUUCUCCAUAACUAGAUUCUUUCCACUUUCUGCAAUUUAACUGAUGAGGAGUCAGACACAACUCUCUCCUCUACCACAAUUCCUUAUUUCUGGCCAAAAAGUUGGCUCAUACAAACACUUUUGAAGAUUGUUUCAGACAUAAAAGGGAACUCAUCAACUGUACAGAUUAGAAAGAGUUAUACCCUCAAAAUGAAAGCCAUUAUAUAAUGCAAGUGUGAAUCAUAUCCCAAAUUGGGAGGUGCUUUGUAUUUAACUACACAUAUACAUAUUUUCAGACUACAUUUUGUAUUGCCGCAAGGCCAUUUAUUUUUGGAUUAAUGAAAUUUUGGUCUACUUCCGCAUGCAACAA